AACAACUUUGACACCCUGUAACUUUGAAACGGAGAAUUUCCGAAACGAAAGGGUUUACAAAGGGUCAUAUCUGACCCAUUAGAAUAUUUUAAGCCCAAAAAAAUCAAGAUUGUCGUAGCACCAACCAUGCAUCUCUUGUGAGGUUAAACCGUAAUAUAAUUCAAAAGUUAUUCAAAAUUUAAGAUUUUUUGAAAUUAAUCAAAAGAAUCAAAAAGAAGCUCAAAAAAUUCAAUGCUAGCUAUUUUGAAAGCCUCAUGGCUAAUCUCCAAUUUAAAACGAACGAGGCGGAUUAGAAAGGAUUAUUUUACAUACGCAAGAUCCUCUGAUCCCUGGCUAUCAAUAAAGGUCAACUUUGAAAAUAUUGAUCAAUUAUUAGACAAUUAAACAAAGAAUGAACAUUUUGUAACAUAAUUUUUCCCAUCUGGUUAGAAAAUAUGCAUGUAGACAUAACAUAAAAAAACCUUUGAUCGCCUUUUCCACAUUGGAUGGAUUGUAUGAGACUAGGUUACCAGUAGAUCGUUCAAAAAUACAAGUAAACGAGACACUUCAACAAAUAAAUUUGACUGAAAUAAGUGCUUUUGAUUACGAUAAUUGCGACGAUCUUUUUAUUUGGCUAGAUGAGAGUGGAUACAAUAUAUUUUGGGGGAAAUUCGUUCAGACUGAUAAAGUUGAAAUCCAUGAGCGUCGAGUGGCUGUUAAUGUGACACAUAUUAACACAUAUAAUAUGAUUCAUGGAUUCGCUUAUGAUUGGAAGAACCAAGCUAUAAUCUGGAUUGAUGACUAUGGAAUCAGCUCAAAAAGAUUGUAUUAUGAGAUGGAGCAACCUAAACUUUACCGUACUUUGGAUCUUGAUAAAGAUUAUCCUGAAGCCAUCACUAUCGAUGUCAAGAAACGUUUAAUCUUUUGGAUGAAUACUGGUGACGGUUUAGAAAGAUCUAUUAAUUUACCGUACAUCGAGCGAAUAGAUAUAAGGGGUGAACCUAAAACCAAGAAAAUAGUUGAAACGAACAUCGUUCGUCCAGUUGGCUUAGCCAUCGACACUAGACAGAAAAAAGUCUAUUGGAUGGAUGGUUUAAAUUUCCAUAGUACGUUGAAUUCGAUCGGAUAUGAUGGAACCAAUCGUAUCAUUUUGCGUGAAUAUUUGCCUUACAUAAAUGAACUUAUAUCAAUGGACAUAUUUUCAAAUUAUUUGUACUUCACUGAUAAGAUAAACAGUACAAUCCAACGUAUCAAUAUAAACAAUGCAGUCAAAAAAGUUGAUACAUUGAUAUCUGUACCUAAUGGGCCACCUACAUGGAUUAAAAUAGUUAACCCUAUGUCAAUGUUCUGGGGGGAAUUCUUCGUUUUCAGUUUCGAAGAAAUGUGAUGGAACACCUGAUUGUAAAGAUGGUUCCGAUAAAAAAUGUUUGCAUCAUUGAUGUGAUGAAAAGUUAUUUAAAUGUACAAAUGGUAAAUGUUUUCCCAAAAAUUGGCUUUGUGAUUCAGAAGAUGAUUGCGGUGACAAAUCGGACGAAACUGUAAAGUCUCGGAUCCACCUUCCAAGUUUCAUCGAUAAAUCAUUAAAAUGUAAUGGUAUUACAGAUUGUCCUGAUGGAUCAGACGAAAAAGAAUGUGGUCAUGAUUGUUCAGAAAAGGAGUUUAGGUGUGACGAUGGUACUUGCAUUGAUAAGUCAUUCCGUUGUGAUGAAGAUAUUGACUGUAAAGAUAAAAGUGAUGAGAUUGGAUCAAAAAUCGUAAAACCAGUUAACCGAUGUUAUUUUCACUGUAAUCCUUUAACCUUACAAACCCUUAGAAUAAGAAAUUUACCUCUUUUUUGA